CCUGAACCUCGAUCCUCAAAUUCAAUGCAACGAAUUAGUAGGCACCUUACCGCAACGCGGCAGAUCGGGCGCACCCGGUUCUCUAACGUGUACUCUAGCCAAUUGGCGGUUUAGUGAAUCCAGCCUUUUGUUCAGAGACGGGCUGACUUCAACGCUGUCAUGCCGCCCAAGAAGAAAGGUGGACGAGGUGGCGCUCACGCUGGCGCGACACCUUCGUCAGCGACGCCGGCUCGAGACGAAGAUGCCAUGGAAGUCGACACACCAGUGCAAACACCCCCAGCUCCUGCAGCUCACCAGCUACCAAAACCAAUUACCGACCCAUGGACAGACGACCAAGUAGCGUCGCUGUUCAAAGGUGUCAUCAGGUGGAAACCCGCUGGCAUGCACAAGCACUUCCGGAUACUAGCCAUCAGCGAACAUUUGCGAAACCACGGCUUCGACCCCGAUGCGUUGCCGCACACGCGGAUCCCCGGCAUCUGGGCGAAACUGGCCGAGUUCUACAACCUCGAGGCUAUCGACGAGCGGGAAAAUAACAUGGACCCCCCGGAUGAAGAGGGCCAGCCGAGGCGCUACAAGGACUUUGAACUGCCAUGGGAAGAUUAUGGCGACCUAAUCAUGGAGAAGGCGCGUGCCGUCCCCAGCGAGGCACCAACCAGUCCGCCGCAGUGGGACCCGAAUGCGCCGCCCAGCGAACCCAAGAAGCGUAAACGAGGAGGGGUCGAGGCAGCCACGCGCAGUAGUACUGUCGAGGAUACCGAGAACGACACUUCUGCCGCAAGUCCGACGAGGAAAGCCGGCAGAGGGGGAAGGGCCUCCAAGCGCACGUCUAGCAAAGGGCGCAAGGUCAAGGAAGAGUCGCCAUCCGAGGAGGACAGCGGCGAGGAAGAGGACACGGACGAGGAGGACGAGGAGGAAGAUGAAGAUGAAGAGGAGAAGGGGACUCCAGCUUCUACAAAGGGAGGAAGGGGAGGCAGCAGAGGCCGUGGUGGGAGAGGCAGAGGCCGAGGCAGAGGCCGCGGGCGCGGGCGCUGAACAGGCAUGGAUGAAGAAGACCGUCUCACUAUCACCAGACACCGGUGUUGUCACGCACCAAUCUGGUCGGGACCAAUGUUGGAUUCAAGUGUGUACUUGAUAGUCAUUCUUUAUGUUCAGUUUACAGAUACCCAUAUAGACCAAGGCGGCGUGGCAUGUUUGCGAUUCGGAGGAGUUCGAGGUUGCUGUCGCCGAUUGAUAGCCCCACUAAAGGACCCCGCUAUCACGCUCCGAUUCCAGGGACGCGUGCCUGAACUUCGG